AUGAAGAAACCUCGACUCCCAUCUCCAUCCGUUACAUAUUACUAUUUACCAGUAAGGACAUUUUUGUGGACAUUGCUAUCACAUAUCGUAGUCUCGUUGAUAAACCGCAAUGUACAUGGGUCUGUGAUAGGGACCAAGGACGGGGAAGAGGAGGGCUAUUUGCUGAUUGAAUAUCUGGUACAUCAAACAGACCCAGAGUAG